AUGGCAUCAGUGCGCUCUGUACAUCCGUAUCCUUCCUCUUCUGUCAUUAACAAUGAUAGGAUCAGCUACCUGGGAGCCAAGAUCCCCCCCGAGGUGGAAGCCAUGGGGAGACAUCUGAAGGAGCUGGAUAAGGAGAUGUUCAGGAAGAUCCUGAAAGCUGUGGUGGGUGCUCUUGAAGGAAAAGACUGCAGAGAAGCAGUGAAAGUAAUACAACAGAAUACCUCCUUAUCUGAAGAACAGCUUAGUUUUAUCAUUGCUGGAGCUCACACACUGCUACGAGUGGCACUCCGACUUCCAGUAUCGACCCUUAAACAAGAAGUAUUUAAAGAAGACUUGAAAGAGUUAAGAAUUCCUGAUGAUUUUAUCGGUGACUUUUCUAAUAUUGUCUAUGGAAACAGGCGUCCAAUUCUCGAGGAUGCAGCUUUAAAACAAGGGAUUAGGUUACCAACUGUAGAAGAUUUAAGGUGGAGAGUUGAUGUUGCAAUUUCAACCAGUUCUCUUUCACGAGCCCUGCAGCCUUCCAUCUUAAUGCAGAUGAAGUUGUCGAAUGGAGAGUCCCAUCGAUUUGAAGUUUCAGUUGGCAAGUUCCAAGAACUGAGAUAUAAUGUCGCUCUGAUUCUAAAGGAAAUGAAUGACCUGGAGAAAAAAAACAUUUUAAAAAUCCAGGACUGA